UAAUCCACAUCCUAGCUAUGACCCAGCAAUAUAAUUUAGACUCUCUUCAAGUGUGUGGGUGUCUCUAGGCUUGUAGAGCUGAAGGAUGGGAAGGAAGUGCUCUCAUUGUGGGAACAAUGGGCACAAUUCAAGGACCUGCAGCACCCCAAGAGGUGUGGUCGGUAGUGGAGGACUGAGGCUAUUUGGGGUGCAGCUUCUUUUAACUUACCCUAUGAAGAAGAGCUUGAGCACGGAAUGCUUGGCCUCCUCAUCCUAUCUCGCUUCUUCUUCUGCCUCCCCUUCAUCAUCCUGUUCUUCUUCACUUGUUUCCAUUGAUGAAACCACUAAGAAGAUUUCUAAUGGCUAUCUCUCGGAUGGUCUUCUCGGCGCAACACCGGAGAGGAAAAAGGGACUUCCAUGGACUGAGGAAGAGCAUAGGUCAUUUCUAACUGGGCUUGAGAUCCUUGGAAAGGGAGAUUGGCGAGGCAUCUCCCGAAGCUUCGUGACCACGAGGACCCCAACUCAGGUGGCCAGUCAUGCUCAGAAAUAUUUUCUGCGGCAGAACAGCCUUAACGAGAAGAAGCGCCGAUCCAGCGUCUUCGAUGUGGUUGCAGGUUGCGACAGGGCAGCUCGAGUCACUGAUUCUUCCAAGUUCAAAGAGCCUUCCAUCUCGAGCGAAUUGCAUGCUCCUCCUACUUUGACAACAUAUUGUGGAGCUUCUUCUCAGAUCAUUGCGAUCGAUCUCAACUCUUCAGAACAAGAAACCCAGCUGCCUUCUUCCCUCCCACUGAUGCCUAAUUCAUCUGCUUGUCCAUUGCCGCAGUCGCCUUUAGUGGAAAGGCCUCGUGCUCACCUCUCACCACUGAAUUUAGAGCUCGGCAUUUCCUCAACGAGGCCCUUGGAUCAAAAUAAUUCAUCGCCGAACUCUCUCUUCGUCGGGACAAUUAGAGUUACCAAAGUGGCCGGAAGACAUCGAACAGACUCACCUUUUGGAGUUCAACGUUUCCUCAAGACUCAUAAUAGUGGAAGGAAAGGUUAUACGACGUAAGAUUCUACGUUUUUGUAAUUGAUGUUAUUCUAUAUAUAUAUAUAUAUAUAUAUAUUUGUAGGAUCAUAUGUUAGAUUUCCUUGCAAGGCUUUUGCUACGUAUUUGAGUUCAGCACAGGUAGAAGAAAAUGACAGCCAAUCUAUCAGCCUUGACUUGGGCACCUUGUCCCCACCACCACCGACUUGGGUUAUUAUGUGCAUCUGUACGCCAAAUGAAGUUCGUGAUAUGUGCUUUGUGACUGCUCUUUUUCUAUAGUUGGAUACAGUGCUUGCAUCAAGGUGGUUUCUUUUUCUCCUCUCGUAUCUCCUCGAAGAAAAAAUAGGGGCUCAUGGGUCCCAACUCCCAAGCAAAUGAUUUGGUGGCUUCUCUUGCUAUAUAACCAAAGUUAGGUUGUGCAGCUGACAAACCUGUACGUGUUGUUCUGAUGCUAAUCUUCUGCAUCACUUCCAUUUUCCUCAAAUUAAUAAAAGUUUAUUUGCAAA